AUGGAAGCAGAAAUACCGAACGCAGAGCUAGCAACCCGCGACUUUCGAAAACAUAAGAGCAUCGGCCAAAGGCGUGUACCGCCAGCGCCAUCAGCUUCAGAACGUACAAGGAGGAGCCCAACAAAGUCGUAUACCAGAUCUCGAGUGAUAGCAAGUGAUGCGUUUUCCGGUGAUGGCAAUAAGUUGAAACAUGUCGCACGCCACGAUGCAUUUGAGCGACAGGUGUUCAAGUUGAAGCUUCGAGAAGCUGAUAUUGACGAGAAGAUGAUUGCUGGUCCGCGUGAUGAGUUUAAUAAUUGGCUUUGCAAUAAUCGCAAAAGAGCUGCUGCCGAGGAGCGAGCACGGCUAAUGGCACAAGAUUUGAAACGUUUUGAAAAAGUCUAUGCGUCAUCGAAUGUGAUGCCGUGCCAGCUAAAGAGAUAUCAAAAUGAUCGUGACUUUGGAUGGCGCGUGGUUCAAUUUAAACGAAAACAGGCAUCACUGGAGGAUCAAAACGACCAGUUGAUGUCGCUGGAAAGAAAAGCUGAUUUGCGGUGUAGACUGGACAGCGAACGAGAGAAGUUGAUUGCAGAAAAUGCUACUUUGUUCCACGCAGUGAUGUUGAGCGAGGACCAAACGUACAAACAGAGGGAAAGAAGAGCAUUUGGUGCGAGUGCCAAUAUCCUCCAAGGUUCAGGACAACGUGCUUUUGGUAUUAAUGUUCAUCAAGGGCAGCCUAGGCUAAAGUAUCGGACAUCGGAUGCGUCGGAUUCAAGUCUUUUCAUGUCUUCAGCCAAUAGUUCGCGUGUUGUUGUGGGCGCCGCUUUGCAGCUGAAGGGGGACAAUGUUCGCAGGACCUAUCCUUGA